AUGGACCCAACUAAUUCUGGAAAAACUGGUUUAGAUCAAUCUAAUCCUCAAUUAAAAGAUCCUUGUGCUCAUCUUGAAUUAACACCUCAAACUUGGGUCGAUUUACAAAUCGAUCAAUAUCUUUCGAAUUAUCCUAAUGCUGAUAAACUCACUAUUCAGGAAUUUGCGGCUGAAUUAAACGUACCUAAUUUCUUUUGUGGAAUAGGAAUGGAUUGUUUAGCUGGACAAUUAUGUCAACCAGCUGUAGGUGUGAAUUGGAUAAUUCUUUAUGCUAUACAAGAAUGGAAUAAUUAUAUGAACUCUUUGUAUCGAGCUAUUGAAACGGCUGUGACUUUGAUGAGAGAAGCGUCUGCAGCUAUUGUUUCCGACUUUGUUCCUCGAGUAGAGAUUGACAAGUCAUUAUAUGGAUGGGCAGUCGGAACGGUGAUAUGUGGUGUCCUUGCCACUUUCUCUGGACUAGCCGUUCCCGCCUUCAUGCCUCUAGACGCAAUGGCCAUGGUCAAAGAAGCCACAGCCUACGGUGUAGGUGCAGCUACAGUCGGUAGUGGAGCGAUAGGCGCAUCUACGGCUACUCUAGAUGCUAAAUCGGCUAAAGCUUAUGAUGAUGCAAAGGCACUUCUUGAUUCAAACAAAGGUGCUGAACUAGCUGAAGCUGAAAGAGCUAAUGAUAUGAAGAUCGCUAUUGAUUUUCUUACAUCUGGUGGUCAUCCUAAGACUGAAGAACAUCCAAAGGAUUGGGUUAAUGCUGAAAAGAUUAGGAAAGAAGCUCAGGUAUUAUUUGGAAUGCCAAGAACUACCCCUCCUCCAGCUGGUCCUUCAACUUCGGGAGCCAGUUCUUCGUCUGCGGCUUUGAGGAAACGGACUUUACAACCUAGACAUCUACAAAAACGAGGACCUCCAACUGCAUUUGCAUACACUCAAUGGGCAUACCUCGAUAGUCAUCUAACAUCUUUACAAAACCGCAUGCAAGGAAUCGUUUCAUUAACCACUAGAGCAGGAGCCAUGGCACCAAUCUUAUCAGAUGGAGGGAUGGCUUCGAUCUUAGCAGAAGGAGCAUUCUUAUCUCCCAAUCCAUCGGAAGCAUACUUGGCUAAACCUUCCAAAGAACUUAUUCAACUUUCAGCUUUAUCUGAGUUCUUUAAAGCUAUUAAUAUCUUUGUGACUAUUGGAAGUGACGAAUGUAAAUUCAAAGGUCCUAAUGGAGCUUGGGACAGCCCAGGAAACUUAUCAUUUUGUACACCAGAAGGAUUAAUGAUGAACUUGAUUCAAGCUCAAGGAGAUAAAGCGAUCAACGAGAUCCCAAAUGCAGAUCUAAUCAAAUCAAAGUACGGAUACACGGUUGAAUUUUUAGCUAAAUCAGCAUGGGAAUGUCAAAAGAAAUAUGGAAUUUAUACUUUAGGAAAAGCUCCUCCUCCUGUAAGUAUUAAAUCAGAUUGUGUAUUUUCUAUUGCAGUAUGUGAUUGUACUUUACCCGAGGUAGCACAUUUACGUAAGAAAAAGGUCAAGACAGUUAAAGCUUGUAGAAAAGCAGCCAAUUUACCUAUCUAGUCUAAAAGUCUACAUUAUGGACAAAUCCUUAUACACAACACUCACUCACCUACUCACAACCUUCAUUCUCACACUCAUUUGCGAUCUCUCUCCUUGUCACAUGAGUUUCCUUACAUUCUUUACGUAGCUUGAUUUUUUUCAAAGAAAAUUUUCAUACUUAGAAUUUCAUAUUUAAGAAGAUUUUGUUGAUAAAGUUGGAUAUUUGUGACUUGACCUAAUGAGUUGGAUUGAAGAUGAUGAAUUGAUUCAAGGUUUAUAACUUCAUCAGAUGGCCAGUUGGAUCAAGUGGUGCUUCAUGAAUUUGAUUGAACUUCUUAUCAUUUCU